CAGGAAGCAUUUUCUCAACAAUUACUCCAUGCAUGUAUCUCUGCAGGCUGGUCCUUCAAUUCCAUCACUGAUCCUGAAGUUCAAAAGCUCUUUCACAAUUAUAUCCCUGGAGCUAUGAUUCCAACAAGGCAGGCUUUAUCAGGAAAAAUCCUUCAUGCAGAAGUCACCAGGGUUGAGGGAGAGAUUAAAAACACCUUCCAUAAAGGUGCUUAUUCAGUCCUUUCGGGUGAUGGCUGGAGGGAUCUAGCAAAAAUACAUCAGAUUGCAUUUACCCAUACUAUUGAACAUCGGAUAUAUGUUCUACAUAUCCAUGAUACAUCAGCGAAAAGAAAGACAGGCCAACUGGUAUUCAAACUAAUGGAGGAGGAAUACAAUUAUAUCAAAGAUGUUCUGCUUCUGACCAUGAUUGGUGUUUGCGGAGAUGUUGGUGGAGACAAGAAGCAAGGCCACCUCCUCUUCCUACAAAAAUACCCAUGGAUGCUUGUUACAGACUGCUGGAGUCAUCAG